AUGGCUGUCCGCGCACAAUUCGAGAACUCGAACGAGGUCGGUGUCUUCUCUAGACUUACCAACUCGUAUGCGCUUGUCGCUAUUGGUGCUUCGGAGAACUUUUACAGUGUCUUCGAAGCCGAACUCCAGGACGUCAUCCCCAUCUGCCACGCUACGAUCGCCGGUACCCGGAUUAUCGGCCGUCUCACAGCUGGAAACCGCAAUGGUCUCCUCGUCCCCACAACAACCACAGACCAAGAACUGCAGCAUUUGCGGAAUACCCUACCCGACCACGUCAAGAUCCAACGGAUAGAAGAGCGUCUCUCGGCAUUGGGAAAUGUCAUCUGCUGCAAUGAUCAUGUUGCCCUUGUGCAUCCGGAUAUUGAGCGUGAGACUGAGGAGAUAAUCGCCGACGUUCUUGGCGUCGAAGUCUUCCGCCAAACUAUCGCCGACAACGUCCUGACAGGCUCCUACAUGGCCCUUUCUAACCAGGGCGGUAUCGUUCACCCUAAAACCUCCAUCCGUGACCAGGACGAACUCUCCUCCCUGCUGCAGGUGCCCCUUGUCGCUGGUAGUGUGAACCGUGGUAGUCCCGUUGUUGGUGCUGGGAUGGUCGUUAACGACUGGUUGGCCGUGACUGGUCUUGACACGACUGCGACGGAGCUGAGUGUUGUUGAAAGCGUGUUCCGGUUGGGUGAAAUGGGUCCCCGUGGUUUGGGUAUGGGUGAGGCGAAUAAGGAGAGUAUUGUGGAGAGUUUCUAUUAG